CCAGAGGCGGGACCUACUGGGUGUUAAAUACUUCUGUCCAGCAGUCCUCCCGCCUCUUGUCCAGUCUUCCAGGCAGGAAGUUUGACCAAGAUCAACAUGACGAGUUACAGCAACAAAGGAGAGAAGCCCGUGAGAGGCCGAUUCCUCCACUUCCACUCCGUGACCUUCUGGGUCGGCAAUGCCAAGCAGGCUGCGUCUUUCUACUGCAACAAGAUGGGCUUCGAACCACUAGCCUACAAGGGCCUGGAGACGGGCUCCAGGGAGGUGGUCAGCCACGUGAUCAAGCAAGGGGAGAUUGUGUUUGUUUUCUCCUCUGCUCUCAACCCCUGGCACAAAGAGAUGGGCGAUCACCUGGUGAAACACGGGGAUGGAGUGAAGGACAUCGCGUUUGAGGUGGAAGAUUGUGACUACAUUGUACAGAAAGCUCGGGAACGAGGCGCCAAAAUCAUUCGGGAGCCCUGGGUAGAGCAAGACAAGUUUGGGAAGGUGAAAUUCGCUGUGCUGCAGACGUAUGGGGACACGACACACACCCUGGUGGAGAAAAUGAACUACACUGGCCGGUUCUUGCCUGGAUUCGAGGCCCCAGUCUUCAAGGACCCUCAACUUUCCAAGCUGCCCCACUGCAAGCUCGAGGUCAUUGAUCAUAUUGUAGGAAAUCAGCCUGAUCAAGAGAUGGUGUCCGCCUCAGACUGGUACCUGAAUAACCUGCAGUUCCACCGCUUCUGGUCCGUGGAUGACACGCAGGUGCACACGGAGUACAGCUCUCUGCGUUCCAUCGUGGUGGCAAAUUAUGAGGAGUCAAUCAAGAUGCCCAUUAAUGAGCCGGCGCCGGGCAGAAAGAAGUCCCAGAUCCAGGAAUAUGUGGACUAUAACGGGGGCGCUGGGGUCCAGCACAUCGCUCUCAAGACCCACGACAUCAUCACAGCGAUUCGCCACUUGAGAGAGAGAGGCAUAGAAUUCCUGGCUGUUCCAUCCACGUACUACAAACAACUUCGGGAGAAGCUCAAGUCGGCCAAGAUCCGCGUGAAGGAGAACAUUGAUAUCCUGGAGGAGCUGAAAAUCCUGGUGGACUACGACGAGAAAGGCUACCUCCUGCAGAUCUUCACCAAGCCCAUGCAAGACCGGCCCACGCUCUUCCUGGAAGUUAUUCAGCGCCACAACCACCAGGGUUUUGGAGCCGGCAACUUCAACUCACUGUUCAAGGCUUUCGAGGAGGAGCAGAACUUGCGGGGCAAUCUCACGGACAUGGACACCAACGGGGUAAUCCACGGCAUGUAGGCCCCACGCGCCCCUCCUGAGCCGUCGAGGCACCGCCCACCCGCAGGCGCACGGCGGGUCACGCCCCCUGGACCUGGAGCACGCCCACCUCACACGGGACUCCCCUCCCCUCCUUCAGAGGUUCCGCCCACCUGACCUUGCCACCUCGGUUGGGCCGCUCCUUGCCUCCGGAAUAAAGCGGACCGGGUUCCAA